CCAAUGUCCUGGGCCUUUAAGAGUUAGAUGGGCUGGACUGAGGAGAGAGCUCACACUUCUCCCCACCCUACGCUUUGCCUCUGGCUAUAACUGCCAGUCACAGCAGCAAACUGCAGUGGAAGAGGGAGGCAAGCAGCGAGUACACGAGGAGCAAAGGAGCGAAGGAGCCAGCUGGGUUUCCCCAUCCCACAGCAUUGCGGAGCUCACAGACGCAGGGCUGUUCUUCUGCCCAAGGUGACUCUGGCGCCAGCUGGUGGAGCGGUGGGUGAUGGCGUCCUCGCUGCAAGGCCGGCUGCCCAUCAAUGAAGACGUGCUGCUCAUGCAGAAAGGCACGCCGAUGCGGAAGGUGAGGUCCAAGAGCUGGAAGAAGCUCAGAUACUUCCAACUCCAGGAAGAUGGCAUGACAGUCUGGCAUGCCCGGCAGGCGGGAGGCAGAGCCAAGCCCAGCUUCUCAAUCUCUGACGUGGAAACAGUGCGUGGGGGCCACGAGUCCGAGUUGUUACGCAGCCUGGCCGAGGAGUUUCCGCUGGAGCAGGGCUUCACCAUCGUCUUCCAUGGCCGCCGCUCCAACCUGGACCUGGUGGCCAACAGUGUGGAGGAGGCCAAGAUGUGGAUGCAGGGGCUCCAGCUAUUGGUGGACUUUGUCACGAACAUGGACCAACAGGAGCGGCUGGACCAAUGGUUGAGUGACUGGUUCCAGCGUGGAGAUAAAAACCAGGACGGUCGGAUGAGUUUCCGAGAGGUUCAGCGGUUACUACACAUGAUGAAUGUGGAUAUGGAACAAGAAUAUGCCUUUCAGCUUUUCAGGUGAGCAGCAGACAUGUCUCAGUCUGAUACUCUGGAGGGAGAAGAAUUUAUAGAGUUCUAUAAGGCACUGACUAAGCGUGCUGAAGUGCAGGAACUGUUUGAAAACUUUUCGGCUGAUGGGCAGAAGCUGACCCUGUUGGAAUUUGUGGAUUUCCUCCAAGAGGAGCAGAAAGAAGGAGACCACGCUUCUGACCUUGCUCUGGAACUCAUCGACCGCUAUGAGCCUUCAGAAAGUGGCAAGCUGCGGCACGUACUGAGCCUGGAUGGCUUCCUUAGCUACCUCAGCUCGAAGGACGGAGAUAUCUUCAACCCAACCUGCCUCCCCAUCUACCAGGAUAUGACUCAACCCCUCAACCACUACUACAUCAACUCCUCUCACAACACCUACCUGGUUGGGGACCAGCUCUGUGGCCAGAGCAGUGUCGAGGGCUAUAUAAGGGCCCUGAAGCGAGGGUGCCGCUGCGUGGAGGUGGAUAUAUGGGAUGGACCUAGUGGGGAACCUAUCGUCUAUCAUGGACACACCCUGACCUCCCGUAUCCUAUUUAAAGAAGUUGUGGCCGCUGUAGCACAGUAUGCCUUCCAGACAUCAGACUAUCCGGUCAUCUUGUCCCUGGAGAUCCACUGCAGCUGGGAGCAGCAGGAGAUCAUAGCACAGCAUCUGACCGAGAUCCUGGGGGAGCAGCUGCUGAGCUCCACCUUGGAUGGGCUGCUGCCCACUCAGCUUCCCUCGCCGGAGGAGCUUCGGAGGAAGAUCCUGGUGAAGGGGAAGAAGUUAAGGACGCUUGAAGAAGAUCUGGAGGAAGAAGAGGAGGAAGAGCUAGAGUCUGAACUAGAGAGGGGGCAGGAGGCCAGGCUGGAGCUGGAGGCCCAGACGGAGCCUGAGACCCCGGAGAUGAGCCCUCGCAGUAAGGACAAAAAGAAGAAAUCCACGCCCAUCAUGUGUCCAUCCCUCUCUGCCCUGGUUGUCUACAUGAAGACGGUCUCAUUCCACAGCUUCACUCAUUCAAGGGAGCACUACCGUUUCUAUGAGUUGUCAUCUUUCUCUGAAACCAAGGCCAGGCGCCUCAUCAAGGAGGCUGGCAAUGAGUUUGUGCAGCACAACGCCUGGCAAUUAAGCCGUGUGUAUCCCAGUGGUCUGAGGACAGAUUCAUCCAACUACAAUCCCCAGGAACUCUGGAAUGCAGGCUGCCAGAUGGUGGCUAUGAAUGUGCAGACUGCGGGGCUUGAGAUGGACAUCUGUGAUGGGCUCUUCCGCCAGAACGGUGGCUGUGGCUAUGUGCUGAAGCCAGACUUCCUACGGGAUACCCAGAGUUCCUUCCAUCCCGAGAGGCCCAUCAGCUCUUUCAAAGCCCGGACCCUCCUAGUCCAGGUGAUCAGUGGUCAGCAACUCCCCAAAGUGGACAAGACCAAAGAGGGGUGCAUUGUGGAUCCACUGGUGAGAGUGGAGGUCUUUGGCAUCCGCCCAGACACAGCUCGGCAAGAGACCAGCUACGUGGAGAACAAUGGUUUUAAUCCCUACUGGGGGCAGAUGCUGUGCUUCCGGGUCCUGGUGCCUGAACUGGCCCUGCUGCGUUUUGUGGUAAAGGAUUACAACCGGAGGUCCCGAAACGACUUUGUGGGCCAGUACACCCUGCCUUGGACCUGCAUGCAACAAGGUUACCGCCAUAUACACCUGCUCUCCAAGGAUGGCACCAGCCUCCAUCCAGCUUCCAUCUUCGUGCACCUCUGCAUCCGGGAAGGGCUGGACGGGGAUGAAUCCUAAGCCCAGAGCCAAGGAAGGAAUAAACCAAGCCUCAAGGCUCCGCAGGCAAAGGCUGGGGAGAGACCUGACCCCUGAAAGAGACUAUACUGACUCUCAAGAGAACACGGCCCAGCGCUCAGCGUCUCCA